GCUGCAUUUCAUUUGCAUCUGCACCUUAUGGCUAGGUUCUUAGCUAAUGGUGAAAACAAAGCAGAAGCGAACAGGAAAAGUUCCUGGUAAAAAGAAUGGCACUUCUUCAAUUGUUGAUUCUCUAAACUGUGAUAGUCAGCACGAGGAUGGUGAUUGGAUUAUAGUGAAAAAGCAAAGAAUCACCAUUCUAGUGUCUGCGGCACCUCUCAAUGAAGCAUCCUUAACAUCAAACCAAGGACCAAAUCAAAUGCAUCUUAUGCCUCCGGAAAUGGCAAGUAACCAUGUGCAGCUUCCCAUGGAGACAUCUACUGUACAUCCUUCCGGCAAUGAACAUGAGAAGACCAAUUUAUUGGCUGUCCAAAAGGAGAUUAAUGCCGCAAGAAAAGCUCCUCCUGCUAUACCUAAACCAACUAUAGUCAAUCCACUAUCGCUUGAUCAAAUAAUAGAAUCAGAAAAUCCUCAUCGAGCAAGUAUUUUGAACUCACAUAAAUUACUUGGAGUAUCUGGUACAUCAAAAGUUCUUAAGCAGCCAAGAAAACUACUUGCACCAAGAAGUUCCCCCAACCUGGAAACUUUAAAUAAAGGUUUGAGAGCAUCAAAUCUUGAAAGAAAGCUUGAAAGAGCUGGUGGGCUAAGCAAGUGGCUGACAUCACUUGGACUGGGGCAGUUUGUGAGAAUUUUUCAGGGCAAGAGUCUCAAUAAGUAUCAGCUGGUAAAUCUAACGAUGAAAAAACUCAAGGAUAUGGGCGCCAGUGCAGUGGGACCUCGCAGAAAAUUGAUCCAUGCCAUUGACUGUGUUUGCCAGCCAUGUUGCUUUGAGGCUUUAUAGAAGUUUUUAGGAUUUUGAAACAAUAUAAAAGAAUGUUCAAAGACAUGAUACAAAUGCCAAACUUUGUUUGUAGAUGCUUUUGGGAUAGU